AUGAAGAAAGCACAGGAUGAAGUGAGAGAAGUAUUUAAAGGUAAGGAAAAUGGAAUUGACCAAACUGACAUUCAGAAACUCAAAUACCUAAAAAUGGUAGUUAAGGAGACUGUAAGGUUUCAUCCUUUAGCUCCAUUCAAGGGAAUCCAGGGAAGAAGCUCAUUUCAAGUUUACGCCGUUGGCACAGGAAGAAGAAUUUGUCCUGGAUUAUCAUUUUCAAUGGCUACUGUUGAGCUUAGUAUUGCACUGUUGCUAUACCAUUUUGAUUGA